UCUUUCUAUUAGGGUCAACGACAAAAUAUUAGCCAGGCUACUUUAUAAUAUGGAAGUUUUCAAAUACCCCGUUUUCUUCGAGUGCCAGACUCUGGACACAUCACAGAAAAAUAAGAUAAAAAAGUACUUUGAAGUUCGUCGCAAAUCUGGUGGCGGAAUUUGUGGACCAGUAGAAUUAGUUGGUGACAAAGUCUACAAGAUCGCAUUUAUUGACCAGACAGUCCAGGAGAGGGUACUUCAGAAACCUAAUCAUGUGUUGGAGAUGCCUGGAGGAUCUCUCUCCCUCACUCUGAGAGACAGCCUGGAGACUCCACCCACAACAACCUCCCCAGUCAGCAGUCAGGAGAGUUACCAGUCCCUCCCAUUCCAUCCCUCCCUCCCUGUCCAGACAUCGCCACCUGGUGGCCUAGAGCAUGAACUCCAUCUAGACUCCUACCUCCUGAGAUACCUGAAGGAGAGCCCUGGGGCUGGAAGAGACCUGCAGCAGCAGCUGUCCUCUCUGGGCUGCUCUGUCCACCUCUAUCCAGAGGACGGGAGGGCAGUGGUCAGAGGCUCAGGCCAAGCUGGGUCAUGUGGAGAUGGGGUGGGACCAUGGAAGGCACAGGUAGAGAGACUGUUCAAACAGCUCCAGGAGCGGUACAAAUGCCACUAUGAGGUAGAUCCACGUAAGCGCCAGUCUCUGCUGCAAAGAAGUACCCUGGGUUGGGAGGAUGUGAAGGUUUACUGCGAGGCAGGGGAAGGGUUUGCGGUGGUGGUUGGGGAGGGGGCCAAGGUCCAGGCCAAGCUGAAGGAGCUGGAGGCCUUCCAGUCUCAGGGUCUGAGCUCCAUGAAGCAGGAGAAGAUCAGCACCACCUGUCAACUUGGACAGUCCAAGCUCCGUCUUCUAGGGAAAGUGAUAGAGAAGGAUCUAGGUGAGGCUGUUCCAGGGGUGAAGGUGAUGCACGGUGACUCAUCUCAGCUGGUGCUGGAGGGUUCAGCAAGUGAAGUCCGGACAGCCAGACAGUUGGUUACAGAUAAAAUCUCUCUGGUGCUGGAGCGGGUGGUGCCUGAGGUGGCCCCCCACCUCCUGUCCUUCCUGAGGGAUGAGUAUGGGAGGCCUGGGAACCUGAGCAGUCUGCUGGGGUUGGGACUCCAUGUGGAGGUAGAGCUGGGGGACACAGAGCUCCGUCUGUUCUCCCUCUCCUCCGGGAAACUAGACCAAGCUGAGAGGGAUCUGCUGGGGGAGUUUGGGGAGGAGAAGAUUGAUGUGCCCAAAGGUGCCUUCCAGGCUGAACUGAAGUCCAAACUUGAGAAGAAGGUGAAGGAGAUGAACCAGAGCAGAUGCCAGGUGAUAGCCAGGUAUGGUCCUGGGUGUAGAGUGCAGCUGCUGGGCCACCUGAAGCAGGUUCAGGAGCUGAGGGAGGAGAUUGGGGCCUUUCUGAGAGACCAGUCCAGUGUAAGAGUUGUGGGACGCCCUCAACAGAACCAUGGUGGCGCAGUCGAAUCAGGCGCCGGACCAAGACGUGAGGAGACGGUCACAGCCACCAGCUAUCGCCUCCAGGGGGGGCUGCAGGUAGUGGUUUGUCAGGGUGACAUCACCAAGGAACGGGCAGACGCACUGGUGAACUCAGCGAGUGAGGAUCUGGAUCACGCUGGGGGCGUGGCUGCAGCUCUGAGCCAGGCGGGGGGGCCUGAGGUACAGCAGGCCAGCAGGGAUCUGGUUAGGCAGAUAGGGAGAGUACCCACAGGUACAGUGGUAGAGACUACAGGAGGGAAUCUGCCUUGUAAGAUGCUGCUGCACGCAGUGGGACCAGUAGGUGGCAGCGUCAGUGGAAAUGAGCUGGAAAAGACAGUAAAGGCAGCCCUGGAUCUGGCAGAGACUAUGGAGCUCCAGACCCUGGCCAUGCCCGGCAUCAGCUCGGGGAUAUUCGGCGUUCCUCUGAAGGUGUGUUCUGAGGCCAUAGUCUCUGCAGUGAGGGACUUUGGGAGGGAACAGCACAUCCUUACCAAGGUCACUCUGAUUGAUGUGAGUGGAGAGGUAGUGAGAGCCAUGCAGGAGGCAUGUGAUAGGCUGUUACAGGGGAAGAGGGAGUUUCCUGGGUGGGAGGUAGAGUCCAGCACCACCACUACCACUACACAUGCUUCUCAGAGAGACACCACUGCUGCCUCCGCCAGGGGACCAGUGGCUCCAGAGGUCUGUGUCCAGGUGGAGGUCAUCCAGGGAACCAUAGAGAAGCAGCAGGUGGAUGCGCUGGUGUCCCCCAUGGUUGGUAGUGACCCUCUCUCCUCCCGUGUUGGUAAUGUCUUGUCGUUGGUAGCUGGACCGGCGCUGAUGACAGCAUUUCUGAGGGAAUCAGGGGAACAGACUGCACCUGGUGACAAUGUUCUGGUGGAGGGACUGUCUGGUCUCAGCUCUGGCCGUGUCUUCUUUCUCAGAUGUGCACGCUGGGACAACAACCCCCAAGGACCAGCAGUACAGGCUCUGAGGCAGGGUGUGAGGAAAAUCCUGACCUCUUGUGAGAACAGGGGCUUCCGUUCCGUUGCCUUCCCUGUAGUUGGAACUGGUGUGGUUCUCCAGUUCCCUGACAACGUGGUAACACAGGUUCUGCUAGAAGAGAUCCGUAGGUAUGAGCAGAACCGAGCGAGCAGAACCCCCUUCCUUGUCCGCAUCAUUGUCCAUCCAAAUGACAGAGAUUCUACCAAGGCUUUUCAGACUGCCCAGAAUGCUUUGCAUCUCAGAGGGUUCGUAUUAGGCAGUCGACCAGAGCAAGACAUCAGGAUUGUGCUGCUGGGGAAAACCGGAGGAGGGAAAAGCAGUGCUGGAAACACCAUCUUCAGACAAGAUGAUGUGUUCCUCUCAGACAGUUCCUCCAUCUCCGCAACACAGAUAUGUGAAGCUCAUACCAAGAACAUCAAAGGGAGAAACAUCACCCUGAUUGACACACCUGGAUUAUUUGACACUGACAUCCCUGAAGAGGAGCUGAAACCUAAAAUAGUUAAAUGUAUAACAGAGUGUGCUCCAGGACCACAUGCCUUUCUCAUCGUACUGAAAGUUGAACGGUACACAGUCCACGAGAACGAAGCCGUAGCGAAAAUCGAGACAUAUUUUUCACCAGAGGCCUUCAAAUAUGCCACAGUCCUCUUCACUCAUGGUGACCAGCUCAAUGGUUUGACCAUUGAGAAGUUUGUCCAACAGAAUGCUGAACUGAACAAGCUUGUGGAGAAAUGUGGAGGCCGCUGUCACGUCAUCGACAACAAAUACUGGAACACCAAUCAGCAGGGUCGGUACAGCAACCAGUACCAAGUAACAGAGUUACUCAACACCAUAGAGAAGAUGGUGAGAGAUAACGGAGGAGGGUUCUACACCAACGAGAUGCUCCAAGAGGCAGAGAGAUUAAUACAAGCAGAGAUAGAGAGUCUUAGGAAGGAGUUCAAAGGCCAGAUGUCAGAGGAAGAGAUGAGAAAACAAGCCAAGGAAAGAGCGAGGAGGAAACUCCUGAUCAAAUUGUCAGGGAUAGCAACAGGUGCAGUGGUAGGAGCUCUACUUGGGGUAACACUGGCAAUAAUGAUUCCACUCACACUCGCUACACAACCAUUGAUCAAUUUAGUCCAAAGUCAUAUAGCAGCUUCAAUGUCAAUAGGGCCAGCAGCCGUGGCAGAGGUAGCAGGACCAGUUCUUACAGUAGAGUCAGGGGUGGGAGUAGGUGCAGGGGUAGGCAUAGCUGCAGGAGUUGUCGUUGGGAUGGCCGCAACAGCAGGAGCAGUAGGAGGAGGGAUAGUAGGAGCUACUGCAGCAGAGGAGGCAGAGACAGUACAGGAGGCAGCAGAGAAAGCAGCCAAUGCUGUCUACCAUGAAGCUAAGGGUAUUUAUGACCAAGCAGGACACCUUUGGAAAGGUUAUAGUAACUCUAAGUAGAUGAGAUAUACCUGAAACCAUUGAGUGAUGGCAACGUGUGUUUCUGACUAAUAACUAUGUGGACACCAGUCAGUUCUAUACCACUGUAGAAUAGCUGCUUGUCCAAAAUAUGUAGCUGCUUGUCCAAAUGUUUUUUAAAAAGUAUUUUGCAUAUAUUUUUCAUUUUUAUAGUUUUGUAAAAAUCAAGGGAUAUAUAUUGCAAAUAUUACUGUGGCAGUUAUGAAAAUGUGUCAGCUGGUUAUUGACAUGCAAAAGUCUGACUUUAUAGUUCGAAGAAUAUAAUUUAACUUUUAAUAGGAUGUUUUUUCCAUGUCGGAUCGUGUUCGCAUAUGAAGUGGCUAUAUGUUGGGAGUAAAAGUGAAAAAUUCAAACAAUACCUAUAGAGUUAUAUGGUUAGAACCUUAGAGUUGUCUUAGAAAUCAAAACGUACAUGGGCUGCAUGAUGCGACUAUAGGCAAUUCAUGAUUUGAGAAAGUCGCAAAAAGACUUGGCGCUUUGUUCCUUGCCUGAUCACAUUUUCUCCCAUCAGACUAAUCUUAGUUUAAUCUUGUCUUUACCCAAAUGUAAAAUGACUUUAGAUUUAGAAUAGCCCUUUAUCAAUUGGGCAGGAACAGCAACAGGGGCAGGGGAAAAUAAAUGUAAUCUGUAUGCACUAAAAUAGCGAAUGGAGGCCACUUCCCGCUAUUCCGGUUAUUUCACUCCACACAACAACCACUGUUAGAGGGGCAUGCAGCCUUUUGCUGCGCGACAGGUGAUAUUCUGCCCAAACUCUGACUACUAUGGGCUCUCCAACCCUUUUCCUACAGCUACACAGUGCUUAAUUUGGGGAACCAAGUUAAAUCUGUUAAGAACAUUGAUAGUAACAUGUUUUAACAACGAAAUAUAUUUAAUUAAACUGUUUACAGCCCCUCUCUGCGCGCUCAAGAACGGAAUGAGGGGAAGAGACGGAAACGCACGGUGGUGGGAUAUUCUGUUGCUAAUCGUAAUGCGUAAGCCUAUUAACUUCUUGUUAUGAAGAAAGAAAAAAAACGAUUACUAGGAUAUUCAAAAUCCUGUACACAUUCCCUUUAAUUGUUGGCUAAAUCUGAAUUCGAAUAGGAUAGACCAAUUAUGUACCAAAGACAUCUUAUAACUGUUUUCAAAUGUUAUUCUGCCAUGCAUAAUGUGGUAGGCUAUGUAUAACGGCACAAUCAUUAUUUUAAUUCCGUAUUUUUUUUCUCAGGCUUGGGCUCAGAUAUAGGCUUAUAUGUAUGCAUAAGCUCUAAUAGCAUAAGGUUAUUUUUAAUGAAUCAUUACCUUAGAUAGCGCUGUCCGUUUCAUUGUGUUAGGCUUUGAAACAACAUCCAUGUUUUCCAUUCAGUUUGAACCUGUCGUUGAACUCCUUUCUUCAAAGUGAUCAAUCACAGUGAGAUGAGUUUUAAAAGCACAUACUGUUUUGAUGAUGUGUUUGUAUUUGCAUUGAUGUCAGAGUGAUUAGAGGAACAGUAGAGCAUCUGCUGAUGGUUAGCGAGUUGGGAAUUGUACUGCGGUCAUGACUCAUGAUAUGGUAACAUGGUCACUUCAACAGCCCUAGAAGAUGAUUGUGAUUAAACUGCAUAGUAUUUAUUUCUGGGCCAUGACCAUCCAUAGGCUUAUGGUUUAAACAGCUGGAGCAGAGACACAGGGGUUUUAUACUCUUUGACUUCAUUGUAAUGAUUAUUACACCAAAGCAAAUAUGACCCAUUCAUUGGACACAGAGAGUAAAUGUUCUGAACAUUUAAUUUAAUUUGCAGUAAUGCAUUUUCUGUAGAACAUGCAUAUUUCAAUUAGAUAUAUUGAUUCUUUGAACUGAAACGAUGUAAUGUUCUGAAUGUGAGAGCUUCUGCAAAUAAUGCCAGUUCAUGUCAUCUAUAUUUUGAAUCUUGAGCUUUGAAAAUACUAAAGGGGGGGAAAAUGUGCUUAUAACCAACUGGAUAGCAGUGAGUGAGUGUGUGUGUGUGUGUAUAUAUAUAUAUAUAAGCAACAUGGUCUCAUUACAAUAUGUCAAUAGUAACAGUUAACAGUUGUAGUUACAUUGUAGUAUCACCUAUGCUUAAUGUACAUGUAUGUCAGGAGGGACAGAACUUAGGGUUGUUUAGUCAUUGAUUAUUAUUUUUAAAGGGAAAUAUUACAAGGUAUUUAGAAAUAAAAAAU